UUGUCUGCGAUGCAGUCCCAAUAACUUGGUUAUGUUUAAGUCCUAGUUUUUUUCGAUUUAUCCCGCAAUGCACUCAACGUCACCUGCCCCACCAAAGGAUUACAAAUACAACUUCUCCCAAACCGGUAAUAACCGCCCGAUUCAAUAACAUAAGAAGUCCUGAACUUCUUCGACCAUAUUUUCCCUAUCGUACUCAGAUUAUACACUUUACUACAUCUCCUGCACAAUCAAAGUUUCAAAAUGCCUUCAUUUGAAACCCCCGUCCAAGAACCCCGCGCAGGAACCGCCCUAUCUAAAAACCCUCCCACCAUUUUUACUCCGCUCACCAUCCGCGAUGUCACGUUUCAGAAUCGCAUUUGGGUAGCUCCUAUGUGUAUGUACAGUGCAAAUGAUGGACACCUGACUGAUUUCCAUCUUGUCCACUACGGUGCCUUUGCUUUUCGCGGAGUUUCCUUAACUAUUGUCGAAGCCACCGCUGUCCGUCCUGAAGGUCGAAUCACUCCAGGUUGCACUGGACUAUGGCAAGAUUCUCAAAUACCUGGAUUUAAGCGUGUGGUGGAUUACGCGCACAGUCAAGGACAGCUCAUAGGAAUUCAGUUGGCGCAUGCCGGACGGAAAGCUAGUACGGUGCCACCAUGGUUGGCACCUAGAGGGAAAAGUGCUGUUGCGGAAGAAAGCUCUGGGGGAUGGCCGAAGAAUGUUAAGGGUUUAAGUGCUAUAAAGUGGGAUGAAGGGUAUGCGGAGCCCAAUGAAAUGACACUUGAGGAUAUUCAAGAUGUGAUUGAUGGAUUCCGGGACUCGGCUAAGAGAGCUUUGGAGGCAGGAUUUGAUGUCAUUGAAAUUCAUUCUGCCCAUGGAUAUCUAUUGCACUCUUCUUUGAGUCCUGUUUCGAACAAGAGAACGGAUCAUUAUGGGGGAAGCUGGGAGAACCGCACCAGACUUUUGACUGAGGUCAUUAAAGCUGUGAGGAGUGUCAUUCCGGCUGGCAUGCCUUUGUUGCUCAGAAUUAGUGCCACCGAAUGGAUGGAAGAUAAUGUUGAGACUUGGGAUAUUCCAGACACUAUCAAAUUGGCAAAGCUACUUCCGGCACUUGGAGUUGAUCUACUCGAUGUCAGUUCAGCAGGCAACUCUCCCGCCCAAAAGAUAGGAGCGCAUACCGAUUAUCAGGUUUCCAUCGCAGGGCAAAUUCGUGUAGCAUUGUUCAAGGAAGGUAUCAAAAGUCUGAAGAUUGGUUGUGUAGGAAUGAUUACAGAAGCUCAAGCCGCAAAAUCACAUGUGCAGGAACAGGAAGACACAGUGGAGAUUAAGGAUGAACAGGGGCAGAUCGCUAAGGCGGAUGUGGUUUUGGUUGCUAGACAGUUUUUGAGAGAACCCGAAUGGGUUAUUAAAGUGGCUCUUGAAUUGGAUAUUGACGUCAGUUUGCCACGCCAGUACUUGAGAGCAGGUUUCACGAAGAGAACCACUUUCUAAUAAAUAGAUAAAGGUAUAGAUAUGACAGGAGUUGAAAUGAUGAUAUAGCUUAGACUUAGAAAUUUCUCGUUUGUCUAUAAAAAAAAUUUAAAUUCUAUGAAUUUUUUCGAAUCAUUUUCCUCGCACCAAAUUCUGCAUUU